UGUUUAGUCGGACAUGAAGUGCCAAACGUAGAGGAUGGACAAGGUUCUUCUGUGCAUCAUCACUGCCUCAGGUCUGUCCUCUGUCUGCUCACAACCUUCCUACCAGUUCCACUUCAUCCACGAGGUGAAGAACUGGACAGAAGCCCGGCGGUUCUGCAGAGACAGGUUCACGGACCUGGCUGGAGUCCGCGCCAUGGACGACGUCAACGUCCUGUACGCGCAGUCGCUGGCAGACCCGCGCUCCACGGCCGUCCAUGGUCUAUGGAUUGGACUGUACAGGGACACGAAUGGCUGGAUGUGGGUGGAUGGAAGUCCGAGCUCAUUCAUGUACUGGGACGUGGAGGAACCGGGCUCAACCGAGGCCUGCGUGGUGGCAAACUUACAGCAAGCUGGAAGAUGGCAGGACUGGCUAUGUGACAGGAAGACCUCAUUUAUUUGCCAAAAUGGUUCCCAUUCAACCCAAGUGAAGGAAGUGAAGAAAAUGGAGAGAGUGGUGAAAGUGAAGCUGGGGGGAACCUCUUCUGUGGAUCUGAACUACGCUGUUACCCUGGAGGAACUGCUGAAGCAGCUCAAACAGCAGCUGAAGGACCAGGGGGUGAACCCAGACGUCAAACUGAGCUGGAGGACGCUGUCCGAUGGAAAGAUCUUCCACAAGGACGUGGAGCAAAAAGACAAGCUGUAAAAAGCAAAGAAUGUACUCCUUAUUUCAAAAACCUUGUUAUCAUUUGUGUGACUGCCUUAAGCUAAGUUGCGAUAGGACGAACUGGACAAACCCGUUGCCAUGUCAUCGUUGAGUGUUCUGAAGAGUGAUUCUGAAGCCUGGCUGGAACCGACUCUGUUAAACAGUCGAUGCAUUCUGGUACAUUUUUAAAUAUUCCUACGAAAUACCCCAAACCGUAGCUUGGCACUGCAUGCAUUUGGAAUUGUGGAGGGCACUGUGAGCUUUGCAGACUCUCAAUCUUUUUUAGCAAAUUUUUCUUUCACUGUAUGGAAAUGAAAUUGGUUUGAAUUCCUGGCAUGCAUCAGUCUGCAUAUCCAUAGCCUCCAAUGCAAAUAGUUUCCAUUUUAAGUUUGCAUGUGCGUGACCAUAUGAAGGAGCGAGAAAAGGUCAUACAAAGUUGAAAGAAGUUCUCUUGUAGAUCCUGGCUGCUUCAGCUAACUCAACAACUUACCCGUUUGUUCCUCGUCAGGCUGAUCGGGCACUUUACAGUUCAUUUGGUUUUCUUAUUUACAUAAUUUGUUUUCUAGUUGAAAAUCCCCGAAUCACAGCCUGUGGGAAGGUUUAGACUAAAUUGCAGCCACUGUUGCAGAAAGCAGCUGAUGAAGCACGAC